AUGUAUAAGCUUCGUUGUGCUGUUGAGAUCAAUUAUCACUGGGGUUGCCGUGGAGAGGAGAGUAUUGUUGCCGAGUUAAAGAAGGACGACGAUCCGAGUUUUGAGGUUUCGAAGGAUCAGCACUAUGCUGAAUAUUGGUUUGGAACGCAUGCAAGCGGUCCUUCUGAAAUUUUGGUAGGUGACCACUACGAAUUGUUGAAGUCUUUUAUCGAGGAACACCCGGAAUGCCUCGGAAGCAGCAUAGGAAAGGAAAAGCUGGAGCUCCCCUUCCUUUCGAAGGUGCUUUCUGUGGAGACUGCGCUUUCGAUCCAAGCCCAUCCCGAUAAGAAGCUUGCGGAGUACCUGUACAAAACAAAGCCUGAGUUGUACAAGGACGACAACCACAAGCCCGAGAUGGCCUAUGCGCUCACUCCCUUCACUGCGAUGUGCGGAUUCCGCCGUGCUGAGGUGAUUGUGCAGCAUCUCCACGAGUGCACGUUCCUUCGCGAGCUCAUCGGCGAAUCGGAGUGUGUUGCGUUUGAAACCGCGAUCAAGGAGGGCCAAGACACGAAGGCCGCUCUCCGCCGUCUGUUUUCUGCGUACAUCGAAGCGGAUCCUGCGCGUGCCAAGUCGGUGAUCGACUCGGCGAAGCGUUUCUACGACGAAAAACGGGAUCUUUCGUUCCUGGAGCGCUGGGUGCGUCGUUUGAUGGACACUUAUCCGACGGACGGCGGCGUGUUCGCUCCGUUUUUGCUGAACGUGGUGGAGAUGAAGCCCGGCGAUUCGAUUUACAUGGGCGCGGACAUCCCGCACGCGUACCUGCAGGGCGAGAUCGUGGAGAGCAUGGCGUGCAGCAACAACGUGGUGCGCGCAGGCCUGACGCCGAAGGCGAUCGACAAGGAGACGCUGCUGGCGAUGCUGACGUACGAGUGUGGCGAUAUGGAGGUGCUGCGUCCGAAGCGAAAGGACGCGCAUUACGCGGUGGUGACGACGCAGGCGAAGGAGUUCAUGCUGGAGAUCGUGGAGGCGAAGAAGGGGGAGAGCGUGGAGCUGCCGGUCGUGGACGUGCCGCGGAUUGUGAUCGGGUUUGCGGGGAAGGGACGGAUGGAGUGGGGCGCGGAGUCGAUCGCGUUGAAACGCGGAUCGAUUCUGUUCCAGACCGCGCAGAACGCUGCGCGGAUCGUCGCGGAGGAGGACUUGCUGCUCUACGCCACGCGCGAGCGCACCGACCUCGAUUGUUCUGUUUCUUCGCCGCCUCCAGCGCCGCGCAGACUUCGUCCAGCAGCUCCUUCGCGUGCGGCACGUCCAGCUGCAGCUCGCCGAGGCCCUUCCGCAGCCGCUUGA